AUGGCGGGAGCAAGUGAGGAUUCUUCCGCGCAGGUCCUAUCCGCGCGAGGCUCGUACGCGCAGGUCGUAUCUGGGCAAGGCUCAUCUCCACGCGACGAUGUGGCGGGUACUAACGCAGUAGCGCCUCGCGAAGGAAGCGCUACUAAGAAUGGUUCCGCCCCCCGCGCCGCUGUUGGUGCUUCUGCUUCGGAUAUGGUCGCUGCCUGCGACGCGAAUGGCGUCGCGAGAUCUGCGGCAGCCGCUCGUUCCGCUUCCGCCUUUGCGACUCCGCCGCUCACCUCCCCCCGUCCGCGGACACCUCCGCAGGAAUUCCCCCCUCUUAAACCCCCCAUUUCUCCCGCAUCUGCGACAACCCUUUCCCCCCAUACCUCUGGAUUAGCGCCUCUUCAUUCCCCGAAACCCCCCGCCCAUGCAUUGUCUUCCCCCGGCUCCGCCUCCGCCUCCGCCUCUGCGGCAUCCGCUCCACCCGCUUCCACCGCACCAGUGUCCCCGCUGGCGCUGCAGUUCGUGCGCCAGUCGCGCGCCAUGAUGCUUCUCUUGGACCGCCAGUCCGCGGAAGUGCUCGCCGCCAGUCGCGCGGCGCUGACGGCGCUCGGGCAGGCGGAGGACGGGGAGAGCGCGCAGGGGCAGGCGCAAAGCGCGGGCGCGGGCGGGCGGAAGAGUUUGUUCGACUUGACGGGCGACGUGAGCGCAGAGCAGUGGCAGCGCGCCGUGAGCGACGCGGUGGCGUCCGCCGCGGUGCUGCGCUUCAACGUGCGCGACUCGGGGGCGGGCGGGCACCUGGCGGGGCGGCAGGUGGAUCUGAUGCUGCAGCCGUGCCAGUUCGCGCAGGAUGCGCGCUCGCUCGUCGGUACCUUCGCCAUUGUCAACCAACACACGGGCCCCUUGCUCGCCACCAGCAGCAGCAGCAGCAGCGGCAAUAGCAUCGCAGCAGCGGAGGUUUCCGGAUAUGGAGGCUCGGAGGGGGGUUUCCUACCCAGUAGCAGUUCAGGCGGCGGGGGAAAGCUGAGUGGCAAGAAGAUGCGGCAAAAGAUAGCGGUGCUUUUAGGGUUUCAGGAGGAGUCAGGGGGAGCGAUGCAGGUCUCGGCGCCUCUCCCCGCCAUCCAAACCUCGCACAGCUCUGGGUCGGCCCAAACCACACCUAGAGGUUCGGUAACCCCUCGCGGUAGCUUCUCGUUGAAGAGCCGAGGGGCCGUGUCGGGUCCUCUCGCGUUCAUCGCCUCUCCUGCUUCUUCUACUUCUUCAUCCGCUGCUGCCGCUGCCGCCGCCGCUGCUGCUGAUGCUGGUGGCGGUACUGGCGCUGGUUCCAGCAAUGAGAUCGGCUCAACUGGUGGGACAUUGGUUGGGUCAAAUAAGCCUUCCACCCCGCGCUCCAUGCUCAAACUCCCCACCUUCCACUCCUCCUCCUCCUCAUCCUCCUCCUCCGCCUCCUCCUCCUCAUCCUCCUUUGCUGUAACCUCUUCCGAUUCGUCCGGUUCUCACAGUACCUUCUCCUUUCACUCAGACGCGCCCAAGGCGGACAUUCCGCGGCCCCUCAGCGCAAGAUUCCUCUCCCGCCCGCCCGGAUUCGAACCCCCCAGGUCGGAGCGUCGCCAGGCCACCACGCCUGGACGCAGGCUCGGCUUGUCGUCUGUUAAGGAUGUGUUUUCCGGACCACUGGGGCAGGGUCGGGAGGGCAGGGACGGGAGGGGUGGACGACAGGGUAAGGAAGGGUCGGGCGGAGAGAGAGUAACAGAGAGAGCAGGCGGGAAAUCAGCUGAGAAAGCAGCCGAAAAAGCAGCGGAGAAAGCAGCCGAGAAAGCAGAGAAAGCAGCAGAAAAGGCAGUAGGUAAGGGGGUUGAGAAAGCGGCGUCUGCAGGAGCAGGCAGGGAGGAGGAGAAGGCGGGAGGGAAGGGAUUCCGUGUGCUGUCUAGGAGGGAGAACAGGAGCCGGGGGGGGUCAUUGACAGAGUCGGAUGGGAUUCUGGGGAAGGGGAAGAGGGGGAGCAGCUGGGGUAGCUUUGGUAGCUUCGAUGGCGGGUUUAUGGGCGUGGCUGCUGCUGCCGCUGGUGCUUUGUCCGGCCCUGCUGUUGUCGCCCCUGCUGCCGGUUCUGGUGGUGCUGCUGCUGCUGGUGCCGACUCUGCUGCUGCCGCCGCCGCUGCUGCUGCUGCUGCUACUGUCACCACGAGUCCUGAUGUUGCUGCUGAUAACCAUGCGUGUGGUGCCACUUUCUCAGGCAGCAAUAUGAGCACCAGAAGUGGCAGCAGCAGCCCCACCAAAGGCCCCAUCAAGCCGCCUGUGUUCCGCUCCCUGUCUAACGCCGACGUGUGUGAAAGCAGCGCUGACAGCGGCGGUAACAGCGGCGACAACGGUGGCGACAACAGCGUGAGCCUGGUGAGCAGCGGCAGUAGCAGCGGCAAGGCCCCGCCUCUGGCCAAGUCAGGGUCGUUCGGGUCUGGAAGGCGCAAGGACCUGAGGGUCGCCAUUCCGCCUGAUGGGUUGCAGGAAGGCGUGGAAGUGGAGAACACCGAGGGGGGCGCGCGGGGUGGGGCGGGGGAAGCAGGAGAGGCGGGAGCAGGGGAGGCGGGAGCAGGAGAGGAAGCAGGAGAGGAGGACAGGUUGGUGGGCGGACAAGCAGGAGAGGUGAGGGAGGAGGGAGAGGAGGGGAAGAAGAGGGGUGGAAAGUUGGGUGGGGAGAAGGUUCCAGAUCGGGGUGAGGGAGUGCGAGGUAAGGAGGAGGAGGACGAGCAGCGACAAGGAGGUGAUGAUAGGGAUGAGAGAAGGAUUGUGGCGGUAGAGGGAGCAGGUCGGGGAGGCGGUGAUUUGGUGGUGGUGGGUGGUGGUAGCAGUGGUGUGUGUGAGAAGGAGAGGAGUGGUGAUGAAGCGGAGGAGAAGGUUAUGCAAGGUGCUGCAAGCAGUUCAGGCAUGCGGCACGAGCAGCUUGGAAUUGGGAUUGGGAGUGGUAACGGGGAAGAAUCGCUGCAGCAGUGGCAUGGCAUGGACGCUCUGAGAAACGCAUCGUCCGUUGCAGAGGCGGAUGCAGGGGAAAGAAGAGAGGCGGGAGUAGCGGGAAGAGCAGGAGGAGGAGGAGGAGGAGGUGGUGGGGAAGGAAGUGAGGAGAAGCGAGGAUUGAGGAACGAAGCGGGCAGCGGCGAUGCGGACGCAGAGCACAGGGAAGGAGACCGUGCAGAGAGCGAGGAGGGGGCUGCAGGGUUGCGAGAGAGGCGGGGCAUCGCAUUGCGAGUCGGGAACCUCGCUGUGAGUCAAGGAGGCAGGGAGAGAAAGCACAGCAGCCUUGGCAGCCUGGGGAGCGGCGGCAGCAGGAUCAGCCAGUGCGUGUACACGCCGUCACUGGAAGGCGAAGGUGAUGCGUGCAGCCCUGAUGCUGCUGGCCAGCAGAAGCACCGUAGCAGCCUCGGGACGACGAGUCCCCGCAGCGAUAACGAUGCUGCUGCUGGUGGUGGUGGCGGUGGCGGCGGCGGUGGCGGCGGCGGUGGCGGUGGUGGUGGCAGCAGCGUGAAGUGGCAUGUGCUCCCGCGGAAGCUGCUCACUCCGAAACGCUCUCCUCUCGCGUCCGAACGGUCGCCUACGAUUGCAGAGAUCUUGGGUGAGGGCGAGUGUGGCGAGGGGGGUAGAGAGGGGCGCAGGGGGAAGGAACAGGGAGGGAAGGAGGAGGGAGAGGAGGAAAUUAAGGAGGAGGGGGUUGCUGUGCUUAAGAAUGGAUCUGGGGGAAAGGAGAGAGAGGGAGGGAAGGGCGGGGAGGGUGUGGGGAUGAGGGUUAGGACUGGUGGGCAAGCGGAUGGUAGGAGUGAGAAAGAGGAGGUGGAGGAUGGAGGGAGGGAGGGUGGAGUGAAGGCAGAAAGUUUAGGGACAAAGGGAGACGGUGAGGCUUUUGAGGCAGAGGCAAAGAACGGGGAGAAGGACGGAGAGGUGAGAGAGGAGGAGAAGGAGGAAGAGGAGAAAACGGAGGAGGGGAAGAAUGGGGAGGACAAGGAGAAGGGGGAGAGUGAGAAGGAAGGGGAGGAGUUGCCUCUGGUGGGUGUGUGGAGGGAGGGGAACGGAUGGCUGGUGUGGCUUAACUUUGAAGGAGACGCAUGGAUGGAAAUGGAGACUGAUGAGAGGAGUGGCGGCGGCAGCAGCAGGUGGCUCAACGCUGUGAGCUCCCUGCUAAAGCCAGGAGAAGAGAAGGGCGUGGGAGGGGGCAAGCGCGGUGCUGGAGACGGCACUGGUGGCGGCGGCGGUGAGAGGAGAAGGGGUGGCGGUGGCAGCGGCGGCGGCGGCAGUGGCGGUGGCGCAUGGGCCAGUGAUGGGGUUACCUUUGCCCCCACUGCCUCGCUUGGUGCUGGUAGCGGUAGCAGCAGGCAGGAGGCCGGGGAGGCGACGAGUGGGGGUGGUGGAGGCGGCAGGAGGAUCGGAAGGAGGAUGCUGAAACGGGGAUCGAGCGAGGGAAGGAAGGGGCUGUCUCACGUGCGUGACUCGGUGAUCUAUGCCCCGGGCCUGCACCAAAACUCGGGGGAUUAUACUGAUGAGCAGCAGCAGCUGCAGCUGCAGGACGAGAAUGUACAGUCUGAGAAAGGAGGUCGCAGGGCAGGGCGGAGCAAGAGUCACGGGUUCUUCACUCCCCGGGAGAUCAGCGCUGCUCUGGGUGGUGCUGGCCACGGGCACGGGCACGGGCACGGGCAUGGGCACGGGCACAGCAGCAGCAUUGGAAGCCUGAGGGGGUUGAAGUCCCUGGGUGCUCGUGGCAGUCGGAGCAUGCGCGUGCCCAGCCAUGUGGCAUCUGCUGCCAUUGCUGCUGCUGCUGCUGCUGAUUAUGAUGAGGAGGAGGAGGAGGAGGAUGAGGAGGACGAGGAGGAGGGAGAGGAGAGGGAGGAGGGGAAUGAAGGCGGUGGAAGUGGGGGGGGGGGACAAGCACGGCAGCGGAAGCAAAAGCAGCAGUGGUUGGAGGAAGGAGGGGGGCUGGGAGCAGGGGAGGAGGACGAUUGGUUGGAUUUGGGCGACGAGGACACAGGCAGUGCAGCAGAGGGGCAAGUGAGGGAGAAAAGAGGGCGGGUACAAGUGCGGGGUUCAGUGCGAGGGCAAGUGCGAGGGUCAGGCCAAGACCAAGUGCAGCCUAGAAGGAGGUCUACAAGUUGCGAUGCAGUGCGGUUGAGGGGGAUGGAGCGGGAUGAGGAGGAUGCAUGCAGGGAUCACACGGGUCGUGACCACGCACAUGCUGCUGCUGCUGCUGCCGCCCCUGCUGCUGCCGCCGCUCCUGCUGCUGCUACCGCCCCUGCUGCAUCUGAUGUUGGUCCUGAUACCAUGAUUGCCACACAAUCGGAGGCUGCAGUUGCUGCCAGCCCUCCUGCUCCAACCCUUUCCACUCCAACCGACGGCUCACCAUGUGCUUCAAAAGCACCCUGUCUCUCUCCAAGCGUUUCAAGCGUUCACGCUGCAGGAGGAGUGGGGGGGAAUGUGGUUGAGCAGGCAGGUUCUGAGCCGGCCGAAGCAACUCAAACAGCAAGUGGAGACGUGGUGGUGGGGGGGGUGGUGCUCGGGACACCCUCCUCUUCGUCUCAUGAUCCUGUUGCUUCUUUCUCCCACGAUGCGCUUCCUGCAUCUGCUGCUUCUGCUGCUGCUGCUGCCCCGGCCGUGCUGCGUGGUGAGAUAAUGGUAACGCCACGUGUGUCACUGGUGAUCUCCGAUGGAGAUGCUGCAAUAGCAGGAGCAGGAUCAAAAUUACGAGCAGGAGCAGGAGCAGGAGCAGGAGCAGAAGCAGAAGCAGAAGCAGGGGCGGACACUGCAGCUGCUGCUGUCGCCGGCACCACUGCCAAUAGUCCUCUCUUUAACUCCUCUCUUCCUGGGGAAGUGAGUGCAGGGAGUGUAGAGAAAGCAAGGGGCGACGGCGUUUUCCCUGGUGCAGCAGCAUUGGAAACAGCUGAGGAGGUUGAUCAAGCGAGUGGUGACAAGGCAGAGGAAAAUUUCUCUGCUAGUGGCAGCGGUGAGGGGAACAGCAGAGGCAUGAGGCUGGAUGCAACAGCAGAAGAGGUGCAGGAGGUGGGUGGGGAGAGCAGAUGGGGGGACGAUGAGGGGACAAAAGAGGGGGCAGAGAGAGAGGGAGAGGAUAUUCCUGGUGUGGACGAAGGGAGAGAGGAAGGCGGGAGGGUGAGGUUCGAUGUGAGGGAAGAACGGGACUGGGAGGCGGGCGAAGGGGCAGUGGUGGAGGAGGGUAAAGCGACCGAGUCUACUGUUCGUAGAACCCGCUCAACAACCCCUACCUCCCGUGAGCAGAAAAAAUCCGCCGCUUUGCCUUCUGCUGCCUCGGUUGCUGGUAGCGGUGCUGGUGGGGAUGGUGGCGGCAGUGGUCGGCCAAAGGCAGGGGGGGCAAAGCGGAAGGGCAGCGCAGGAGCGACAGCUGGAGCAGCAGGAGCAGGAGCAGCAGCAACAGCGGCAGCAGCGGCAGCGGCAGCAGCGGCAGCAGCAGCAGAGAAAGAGAAGCAGGCACGGAAGCCUGCAACGGGGAGGAGGCUCAGCUGGAGGCGCAUCACUGUGGGCAGCACUGGUCCCACCACUCCUGGCAGCAGCAGCGGCAGUGGCAUGGGUGGGGCGACGGACGGUGGGUAUGGCAGCUUUGGUGGUGGUCUUAGCAGUGGUGGUUUUUCCAGCAGCAGCUUUGGUGGGAGUCUGGGGGCGAGCAUUGUGGCUCUGAGCCUUGGAAAUGCGAGCUUUAGCUCUAACUUGUCUCUGGGAGGGGAUGGGAGGGGGUGGGAGGUGGGGAGGUGGGUGGAGGAAGGGGAGGAGGAGGGUGAAGAGGAGGGGAGGAUUGAGGAGGAUGAUGAUGUUGCCACCGCUGAUACUGCCGCUGCCCCCAUCCCUGAAGAAGCAGCAGCAGCAGCAGCAGCAGCAGCAGUAGCAGCAGACGAAGAUAACAAAGGAGAAAAAGUGGAGGCUGGGGUGACAAGGCCGGGGGAAGAGAAGGAACACAGGGAGCAAGAUUCAGAUGGGAAUAAUAGCCUUCCCAGCAUCUGUGAUAUCAAUUUCAAGGCAGGAGCCGAGGAGACGGAAGAGGAGGAGAAGGAUGAAGGGUGGGCUGCAUGUGACUUGGCAGGGGAGGUGAUGAUGGUUGAGAAGAGUGCAGUGGAGCAAGAGCUUAGGGAGCUAGAGCACCAAUUGGCGGCCCUGCAGCAGCAGCUGAUGGUGUUGGGUGCGGUGGAGUGUGGUGGUGAUGGUGGGGCGGCCAAGGGAGAGGGUGAGAGAGGGGCUUUGGAGCGUGAGGGGACGGAAGAGGGAAGUGAGGAAGGGGGUAUGGGGUGGAGAGAGAGUAGGCUGGGGGAGAGUGAAAAGGGAGAGGAGGCGAGGGUGGGCGAGGUAGUGGAGGGAAAAGAAGGAGAGGCUGAGGAGAUUAAGGAUGACUCCGGCAAGGGCGGGGAGGAGGAGGCAGCAAUUGAAAGACGUAGAGGUGGUGGCGAUGGUGCCUUGGAGAAAACUCGAGAGGAGGUGGAAGAUGGGGCGAUCUCAGUGGCGAUGGGAAGCGAGGAGGAGGGCGGCAGCAGAGUGGAGGGCAGUGAUGGGAGGAGGAGUGGGCAUGUGCCGGAACACGCACCGUGCCUCGGGAGCUCGGACGAGUGUGUGAGGCAUGUGAUGGAUCGCGGUGGAGUGGGGUACGCAGUGGUGGCAGCAGGCACUGGCGACAUCAUCACCUGCAACAACACCUUCCUCUCCCUCCUCCGCCUCGCCUCUCCUGCCCCUCACUGGCUCUCCGCUCUGGAUCCCACCUCCGAGUCACAAUUCCUGCCUGCUGCUGCUGAGUCGACUGAGCUUAUCGCUGAGAAGCCGAUCACGUCCUGUGCUCUGCCUCCUGCAGCAGGCUCAGCAGGCUCUGCUGCGGCUGCGGCGGCGGCAGCGGCAGCAGCAGCAGCAGCAUUAGCAUCAGCAGCAGCAGCGCGUGUCUCCUUCAUCCACUCCCCAUCUCUUUUACUUAGUGGUCGACCUGCCUCUGCAGCCGAUGCAGUGCCCUUGGAUUCACGCUGUUGCGAGGUUGCCUUGAUGGUGUUAAACGGGUCUCUACAGCAAUGA